CCAGUACAGCACAGGACCAUCUAAUCAGUGGAAUGAAGAUACAACAAACAUUGAUACACAUGAGGAAUUUGGUGCUACCAUUAUAAUGCAAUAUUAUUUAGGUUUGUCCACAAGAUGACAAAUGGCUGAUGGCAUGUUUUCUUUCUCUCUCUUUUUUUUUGGCCAAUUGAUGGAUGGACUGGCUCAAACAGAUGACUGUCGGAUGUGUUUUAUGUGCAUGAAGAUUUGUGGGAAGCGAAAGAAAACCUGUCUAUUAUACAAGUGCCCUGAGCUACAAUGAGAGCAUUGUGAGAGGACAUCAAAGCUCCUGCUGAUGUUUGGACUCUUAUUCUGACGGCACCCAUUCACUUCAAAGGAUACACUUGUGGGCAAGUGAGGUAAUCUAAAUUUCUCCAAAUCACUUCUGAUGAACAAACAAACGGGUAUAAAUCUUGGAUGGCCUGAGGGUGAGUAAAUUAUCAGCAAAUUCUAUUCCUUUUAUGGUCAGAUAUUUUCUAUAACAAAAGAUGUCUGUCCAUUGUCUAUAUCAAGCGCACUUCAAAGAACUCACUUUCAAACCAAACAGAUUUCUGUUGGUCAACAAGGCGACUAAACUGAGGUAAAACUAAAUAGGCUAUGAAAAAAUACUAACGUGGUGAGUAAAUAAUGACAGAAUAUUCAUAUUAUUUGAUCAACUAUUCUUUUAAAUAUCUAAUGCAAUCUGUGAGUUCAGUAGGUUUGAUUCUGUGAUAUCUGAAACGUGCCUUGCAUUUUCAUAUGCAGCCUGUAUUAUUCCAUCAGAUUGAAGGGUCUGAAGGGAGUGAGAAUUAAACUGUAAUUGCCUUUUCAUAAACACAAAUGAUGAAACAAGCCAAGGAAUCAAUGCCUUGUUGAUUUCUCAGAAGGCAUGUUGAGUUGGAGGGGGACAGAAUGGGUUGCAUAGAGGACAAGACAUGAAGUUUUAGAUUUCGUGCUUAACAGCCACUAAUGACGUGUGAUGUGUUUGUGCACUGUGACUGCAUUACUAGUCAGCACGGCUGAAAGCAUAUCAUUAUCCCUCUCAGCGCACCCUACACCGCAGUGAGAGCUGAGAAAAUUAGAUGUCACAGACAUGAAGAAGGGAUGCAGGAUGCCCGUAACCAUGGAGACCCUGCCCAUCACAAAGGGGACCAGUUCAGGAGGAGGGACAGAGUCCUCAUAAGGGGACAGAGGACACGAUCUUGUCAUUUAAACAGUCCUGAGAGUAAGAGAAAAAUGAUUCUGAGUCUGGUUCAGCAAAAGUUACCCACAGUUUAUUUUCAGUCUAUUUAUAUUAAGACAUCUGAUAUUAAUAUGUUUCACAUCCAGAUAUUAUUUUAUCUGGAUCCUAAAACACACCCAAUUGCACUAACUGUGAAAAUAUGGUUUUAUCAUAUGGAUACACCUUUUUUUAUUAUUAUUAUAAUUUUUUUUUACAAGCAUUUAAUUUCUCACAAUUAUUUCUUUCAUUUGUAAUAAUUUAAAAUUAGCAGAGGUGCAACAUUGCAAAUUUUAUCUAAUUUAUUAAAAUUAGUUGGAAAAAUGCAAUUUUUUUUUUUUGGUGCAUCUUUUAUUUUAUUUCAAUAUUUUUUUUUUCAACCUGAGUCAGGGUUACUUGAAAUACAAUAAGCUUUAACUGAAAUAAAAUAAAUGAUUAAAACUUUUAUAUUUCCUAUAUUUAGUUUUACUUUAUUUACUACAAUAGCUAAAACUAAAUCUGAAAUACAUAAUAAUAAACUAUUUGGACAUGUAAAGGGCACUUUUAAGGUUGAAUUUAAGGUUUCUUAACAAAGUUUAGAAUGAAUGUUGUUGAUUUAAUAAAUCUUGUACAAUGUAAGGAACUUCAUUAUAUAAAAAAACCCCACAAUAAUACUUAAAACGUUUUUUUUUUAUUUGCCUUUCUUUUUAAAGUUAUUAGCCAAGCAAACUGAAUCAUAGAGUUCAAUAAUUAGCCCAUCAUCUGUGCAUUCAUUGUUCAGCGGUGCAGUGCACACUACUUCAGUGUGCUAUUUAUGGUCUUUGAGAGGACCUCUGGUGUCCAAAAUUUGGAUAAUUAUUUUGAUGAUAAUCUGAAAAGAACGGCCUGUUUGAUGAGCCUCAAAUCUGUUGACAUGUUAUUGCAAACCUUGCUGUUUGCUGCUCCAGAAUUAGCAUAAUUACCCUUUGACUAAGUGUGUUUAUCAGGGGAAUGGAUCCAGAUUCAAGCUGGCCUCAGCAUUAAAGGAAAGGAAAGGAAAACCGAGUUUGCUAAAAGCUCUCCUUUGACAUUGCGCUCGUGUAAGUCAGUAUCACAGAUAGUCUGCUAACAAGCAGAGUGGUUGUUGUAGCAGCAGCUCAUUAGCUGUGCAAUGACUCAGAAAAGACCAUCUGUUUUCCCAAAUUAAGGUUUUUAUCCAUUAUUAUCAACUGGAAAGAUGUACAUUACCAGUGAAAAAUCUUUUCAUUAACAAUAAUAAAGAUCAAACUACAAAACCUUUAAAAUGAAAACUAAACUGAAUUACAGAAAAAAAAAAUACAUUAGGAUCAGGGUUAUUAUAGUUUAAACACAAAAAACACAUUCAUUUCUUGAAAUAAAAAGUUAACUGUGAAAUGAAAUGAAAUGAUAAAAAACAACUUUUUACUUCAGCUAUAGUUGCAAUGGCAGCAUUUCUCAUUUUAAUUUAGUUUAACUUGAUGUAUGAAAAUAAAACUGAAAUAAAAACUGCAUAAUGAUACGAAAAUAAAAACUGAUUCAAAAUAUGAAUAAAACUAUAAUAGUAUCACAAUGAUACUGAAAUAACUCUGGAUUUAUAUUAUCUCCCACCCCAAAGUCACGCUAUUGGUCGAGCCGUGUUGCUGUGACGUGCUGGUCUGUGUGCGGGAAUACACAAAGCAAUUGUGAUAGCUCAUCAUUGUUUACACAUUUGUAGAAGAAAUCACCCUACAAAUGGAUUAUAGUCUCUUCAUAAACUGGGAUAUGAUAUUUUGUCUUUUAACACAGACAAAAAACACACUUUUGGCUUAUGACUCGACGAGUUCAAAUAAAUUAAUAAAUAGAUGUUAAAAUAAAUCUCAAUAUGAGAAGGUUAAAGAAACAACACCAUAGGUUAAGUGUCAGCAGUGUGGAUGCUAUACAGAUAAUAAUUCAGAGUUAUGAAACUUAUUUUGCAUAAAAAGCGUUAUUUGGGGAGAAAGUAGCUCAAAUGUAUUACAUCGUGAUACGGUUUAUAUGUUUUAUUAUUGUUGUUUUUCUCUUUCAUGCACAAUUUUAUGCCUGUCUCUGGCUCCCUUAUUAGAUUCCUGAAAGUUUGAGAAACCAAAUCAGGGGUGUAAACAAGAAAUGCCACGUAUAACCACAGGCAGAAGCAGAUUUUUGAUUGUGUCAAAGCCUAAAUGUAGUAGUUAUAGACUGUAAAUCUUACUGAUUGGCUAUUAUUUAGGCUAAAAGUCCUGAAAGUCCAAUCCAAACAUUUCCAUAUCACAUAACCAGACACUUGUAAACACCUAAAGAUUGUGAUUUAGUUUUCAUCUUCACUAACAUGUACCCAACAGUCCGGCAUUAAAUACUCUCUCCCUUGUGUUUUGGUCCUCAUAUAUAUUGAAAGCUAAUAAACUGAUCGUUUGCUACAACAUAUAAAUAUCUCAUGAUUACGAGUGGUCUUAAGUUUGUGAGGAAUGAGAAAGAAAAAUUAAAGGGAAUACUUUGAUGUGAGGCCAAAUGAAAAACACCACGAGUCUCCAGCUGCAGCUGUAUGGCCUUUUAAACAGUACAGCUAAUGAUAGGGAUAUUACUUGUGAUGAAUCGAGGCUGAAUCCCUCCGCACUGAGUUUCGCCCCAGUGUCAGAUUGCCAUUACUCUUUCAAUUUAGCCGCUGAUGCAUCUUUCACAGAUUUCAUUCCCCAUAUGGCCAUUUCUGUUCUCUUGUGGGCCUGUGGCCGUUUGCCAAAUCAGUGGCUCUGACAUGCAGCUCUGCACCAAUGAUGGAGAGUCAGGUGGAAAUGACGAGAAAUGGUGCCCAGGUGCACCAAUCACAGCUUUAGGGAGGAAUUCAUUUUGACAUUAGUAUAACCAGAGGCUAUUGAAUAAUAUCUACCCUGAUUACAAACAACAGGACACCCAGUUGUCAUCAGACACGGAAAACACACCAAAAAUGCAUCAAGCAUGCUCACCAUGUGUGCAGAGUUGCUUCAAACUUCAGAUAAAUCCAAUUGUCUGGAUUCUCAAAGCAGUCCGUUGAAGAAUUGUGAGAUCAUUUCAGCUUUCAAUAGAACAAAUAAAACACAUCUGAAAUCAAUUCAAAACAAUUCUUUUAUAAAGCGUAUUUACAAAACAUUUCACAGAUAUUUGACUACUUUGGUUGGCUUGUGUAUUUAUGUUCUUUAUAAAGAACUGACGCAAAGGAUUUAUUCGACUGCACUCACUGCCCUGUUUCCGAUCCCUUAAAAAGAACCAUUUUAUAAAGUUUGUUCACUCUGGAAACAGACUACAUUGUUUGGGUGUAUGUAUUUAGAUUCACUUAAAAUAACGUUAAGUCAUGUAUUUAAAGAGGAAAAUGAGGUAGGCCUACAACAGAUGACUGUGCGAUUUGAACUGACUGAAUGGGAAUCGAAGCAAACGAUUCAUUUGUUCAGGAAUCGAUUGAUUCACUAAAAAGAACCGAUGCAAAAGAUCAAUUUUUUGUAUUUUUUUAAGACAUAAAUAUUAUUCAUACUAUAUUUUUGACAAACUUCACCAAAAAGAAAAAUAAUCUCAGAACAGGCUUGCAAAUACUCAUCAACAGAUAGUCCCGCCUUCCAAAUUCAAACAAAACAGAGCAACAUCAAAAGCUUGUUCUUUGCAUAUUUUGGGGAUACCAGUCCACGAAUGCCAUUCUUUAGCUGUGUAUACACUACACCUGGGACAGAAAGGUAUUUUGACAUUAACCAACAUUAAGCCAUUGAAAUACUUUGCUACUCACAUGUAUUGUUAUGAUGUUAAGGUACACUUAGACAGCUACUUUCUUUUCUGUUAACGUCCCAAGUUUUAAUCUACCCUAGAACAGAAACUUUUGAUGAGCUACCAGAAAAUAAUUGGCAUGUCAGGAAUGGCACAUUUUGAGGCCCCUGCACAAUUCACUGAUUACCCCUUCUUUCUGGCUUCUGACACCUGACCCAAGAGGUUGUGGACACACCUAUGAAAUCUUGGAGAAAAUUAAGAAAUCUCGCUCUGUUACAGAAAAACCGUGAUUCUACAGAGAGUAUUUAUUUUUGUUUGUUUGUCAUUUUGUGACACGGUUAAACCAUGGAGAAAAUGAAAUGCUGUGGAACAGAUAUUCUUGAUUGUUGUAAUUUAUUUUUCAAGCUGGGCAAACGGAGAGGGUUGUGAUAUCAUUGAUUACCCUGUAGUAUGUAUUUGUAGUUUUUAUGCCUUUACAGAAACCACUGAGAGGUUUAAUUAACAAAGCUGACAACAAUUUACAUUUUUUACAUUGUUCUUCACAUCCUUGUUUUAGGUCACCUGAGUGGCAUGCAUGAAAAAAAAUAUUGAUGUUAACAUCAACAUCUGCUUUACUUUACAUGGCUCAUCCUUCUCUUGAAACAACCCCCCAACAGUGUGUUUAUGGGGUUUCUUAUGAUAUAUCAAACACAUUGAAGUCCUUCAGGAUGUUUAGCUGCAAGGGUUGCAUUUGUUUUUGAUGUUUGAGCCGUUUUUUUUUUUCUCACAGUCUAAAGUCUUAGUCACAAGUGUCCCCUUCUGUUCCUUCAUCUGUAUUGAUCUUGGAUAUGUAUUUUGUGCUCACAGUACUCCACAUCAAAGUGACAAUGCUGACUGGCGUUUUAUCAGGAUGCACUACAUUACAUAUGGUACACCAAACAUUACUGUGCUGCACAGAAGGAAGGUUCCGAGGCUCUGAAUAUGCGUGUUCAAAUGACACAGUCCAGUUCUGUGGUGACGCAGAGAAAAAUUACGGUGAUGUGCCUAAAAACACUGUCAUCUGUUCUGCCACCAACACCAUGUCCACGCUCUUCAGAUCAGAUUACUCCAAUGAUGACCGAUUCACAGGCUUCCAGGCAUUUUAUUCUGCUGAAGACAUUAACAUGUGCCUGAGCACUGUGGAUGGAGAGCCUGUGUGUGACCAUAAUUGCCAUAAUUAUGUUGGGGGCUUUUACUGCGCUUGCAGAUUGGGAUACCAACUCCAUGAUGAUAAAAGACACUGCCCUGUAAGCUGUUUCAUCAAGAACUACUACUACUGGUUCAUUGAGUCGAUCACCUCAGGUGAGAUGGAGUACGGCCCAUUUUAUGGCAAGACCCCACUAAGAAAAAUAGAGACGGGAACUCACAAAGUUCAUGUGACCUUCCGCUCAGACCACUCGGAGAAAAACAAAGACUGGAAGAUCAAGUAUACCAGAACGGCCAUGCCCACACCCUGUGGCUCCUCGACACAGACGUAUUCAGCCCCAUCAUGAUUCUUUUUCAAUGUAACGUGUGAUAUGGGCUAUUAACUAAUUCUGGUAACCCUUUACUUUUAAGAAAAGGAGCUUGGUAUAUGCUAUUUAUGGACUUAAAAGUGACUUUUUGCAUCUUUAGGGGGAAGAUGCU